CUUUUUCUCUCAUUCCGAGAAUAUCCACCACUCAACCAUCAAAAUGAAGGUCUCUGCCAUCCUCACCGUCAUCGCCACCACCGCUCUCACGGUCCUGGCUGCUCCCGCCGCCGACCAGAGCAUGAACGGCCUCAUGGCCCGCGGUGACAGCGGCUGCUACGCCUUCUCCGACCCCGACUGCGGUGUCUCCGGAACCUACUGCCAGUGUGCCAACGGAUGGUUCUACCUCUACAACACGGCCGAGGGUGGCUGCAACCCUCCCUGGGGUAUCGUCACUACCGACAUCAGCGGUCUUCCUGGCUACAGCUGCUAGAUGGGUCCUUGGUUUAAAGUAUGGCUGGUGAUGUGUUCUGAAUGCAGCGAAGAAUGAUGCGGG